AUGCAAGGAAACAGUAGACUCUUUUUUUUCGUCCUGACGAUCCUUUCAUUCGUCAUGAUGACACUUGAACCCUAUCAUCAUCAUGGAGCUGUUCAUGCUUCCUCUAUAUCCAUCCCAAAUAAUAGAAACAAGGUUAUUGCUGGAACACCCAAACACUCCUAUCAAGUCGGAGAGCAAGAAUAUUGGUUUUAUCAACGAAUUGAUCAUUUCAAUGCUUUGAAUACGGAUACGUUUCCACAACGUUUUUACAAAUAUGUACCACCAGGUGUUUCACCAGAGAGUCCGAAUCAUAUCCUAUAUAUUUGUCCUGAAGGUACAUGUGGAGGAACACCAAAUAAUUAUGUGAGAAAUUAUGCACAAGAGUUGAAAGCAACGAUUUACACUUUGGAACAUCGUUUUUAUGGAGUAUCGGUCCCUUAUGGAUCCAUGAAGACUGAAAAUUUAGCAAAAUAUUUAAGUACAGAAGCCGCUCUUGCUGACUUAUCAGUGUUUAUUGAAUAUAUUUCAACAUUACCAACCUAUAACAACCAAACUCAUCAAUUCAUCAUUGUGGGUUGUUCCUAUCCAGGUGCAUUAAGUUCCUUCUUCUCCAUGAAAUAUCCACAUUUAAUUAAGGGAGCUCUUUCGUCGAGCGGAGUUGUGAACUCGAUUCUUGAUUUUUACACCUUUGAUUUACAUGUUCAACAUGCGGCUGGACCAGAGUGUGCCAACAAUCUCAUUCGAGUCACAUCAAUCAUGGAAAAGAUGAAUCCAAAUGACAUUCUUAAAGAUUUCCAAGCUCCAGCCGAUAUGGACAUUCGUGAUUUAUUUUUACUUUUUGCUGAUAUUGGAGCAGAGAGCAUUCAAUACGGUUAUCAUGAGGAGUUGUGUAAUGCAUUGAAAUCAGGAGACAUCUCUCGCGAUGAUGUUUUAUAUAGUAAUUUCAACAAGUAUGCACUGAAAUUCUUUUAUCCAGUGUUUGGUACAACUCCUUUGGAUUAUUACAACAGAGCGAUUGGAAAUGAGACCUAUGAUGCGAAAAUGGGAGCCAAUGCUGAUCGUUCUUGGUGGUUCCAAACAUGCUCAGAAUUGGCCUAUUUCCAAACAGCUCCUCCAAUGCCAUUACCUUCCAUUCGAACUCGACGUUUGGAUCUUGCCUAUUUUUAUGACAAGUGCAACAAAAUUUUCGGAUACAACAUCAAACCCAAUACUCAAUUUGUGAAUAAUCAAUAUGGAGCAAAGAAGUUGUUGGAUACUACAUUGGGAAGAACGGUAUUUGCCAAUGGUUCACAAGAUCCAUGGUUGAAAGCUAGUGUCGAUAUUGAUCCUCGAAAGUUUAGUUUUGUGGCAGAAUGUGAGAAUUGUGGACAUUGCAAUGAUUUACGUGGUUGUCCAUCACUUCCAAGUGACUCUGGAGCAAGUGAUCACUGUUUAGGAACUGGAAAUGAACAAGUCAAAAUGAUUCGAGCACAAACACUGGCCAUUAUGAAAAUUUGGUUUGGAAUGUAA